AUGACAGUUCAUUGGAAAGAUGAUCCCAAACCGUUAAAACAAAUCUGUCUUGUCGAUGUUGAAACUGCGCCAGACCCACGCUUGAUCACAGUUGUAUGUGGGAACCAAACUAAUCUACUGAAAGCAUUUGCAUUAUGUUGGAAAUGUUUAGCUCCGGAUAUACAUAUAGGUUUUAAUGAUUCACAAUAUGACUGGCCAUUUAUUGUGGAGAAGGCGAAAAAGUUAGGCGUUCUCGAAUGGAUGUUCAAUCAUAUGUCACUAAAACCUAUGAGACUCGAAAAGAUUACAAAAUGGCAAUAUCAAUAUAAUAUGAUAAAAAAAUUCUACCCUAAAGCUGAAAAAAGUAGUCUAGCAUAUUACUUAAAGGAGUCCGAGUAUUGUAUCAUUGAUGCUCUUAGUUGCCAGUGGUUAAUGAUUAAGCACAAUAUAAUUAAUGAGUACAGGGAGGUUGCGAGCAUAGCAUUUAUAUCAUUAUUUGAUACGCAUUAUUUUGCAAUAGGAAUGAAAGUGAGCAAUCUUUUAAGUGCUAAUGCAUGGCGGGAAGGAAUUUUAACCAGUACAAUUUCAGAGCGAAUGGAGACAGAGUCAUUCCCGGACUUUGCAUCAUUAUAUCCGAGUCUCAUUAUGACUUACAACCUCUCACCUGAUAAAAUUAUUUUAUCUCGAAAACGUGCUGAGUCUCUGAGAGAUA